AGCCGCUUGGCCGCCGUUUCAACGCCCCAGGUCCAUCCACAUGUGACGAAGAAUGUCAAGCUUCCCCGUGGCCCGAUUGAGGUUGUGGGCUGUGCGUUCUUCCGUCUCUUGAAUGAGACUUUUUUUUUGCGGUUUCCCUUUCCUCUUCCCGCACGCUGGACGACACCUACACCAUUGUUUUCCGAAGACGCUUCAACUCUUCACCCCAAUCUCGUUCUCCGAAUCUAUGCAGGACGUGACACAAGAUCUAUUCUAAUCUCGCUCGAGGCUUGUCGCGAUACAAGCUUGGCCACGGCCUCAACUCUUUCAUACCACCACGACCCUAUCACCGCACACCCGCCCGCCCGCCAUGGACUACCCACGCCCGCCCCAGGAGGGUUCUUGGUUCGCGCCGCUGUCCAUCGACCUGUUCGUCAAGGUCUUCAAGGUCACUUUCUUCCACCCCUUCGUCUCCUGGAUCAUCCCCCUGUGCUUCCGCGCCCAGGCCCAGCCCUGGGAUGCCCCGCCCAUGAUCGGCUCUAUCGUGUGGGCGACCUUCAUCACGCUGUGCUGGAUGGCCAAUGUGAUCGACCAGCGCAUUGCAUACGGCUUGCCGCGCGAGGUCGACCUUAGUGAGGAGGUCAUCGUCAUCACUGGCGGCGCCAGCGGCGUGGGUCUCCUCAUCGCCGAGGUCUACGGCAUGCGCGGUGCCACCGUUGCCGUCCUGGAUGUCAACGAGAUGGAGAACGGCGAGGCGAGGGGCGUCACGUUCUACAAGUGCGACGUCACGGACAAGGCGCAGGUCGCGAGGGUCGCGGCCGAGAUUGAAAAAGACCUCGGUGCCCCCACUGUCCUGAUCAACAACGCUGCUAUUGUCAAGGGCAAGUCCCUCCUGGACCUCGAGUUCGAGGACAUUGACAAAUCCAUCACCACGAACCUCACGGCGCACUUCUACACCCUCAAGACCUUCCUCCCGCCCAUGAUCCGCGCCGGCAACGGCGGUACCAUCGUAACCAUGUCCUCAGUCCUCGGUCACCUCGGCGCCGCUUCUCUUACGGACUACACAGCCGCCAAAGCCGGCGUUACCGCCCUGCACAAGUCCCUGACCGCCGAGCUCGCCACUUCUCACCCGGAUAUCCGCACCAUCCUCGUCGAGCCGGGCCAGCUGUCGACGCCGCUCUUCUACGGCGUGCAGACCCCCCACGCCUUCAUCGCCCCCGUCGUCGAGCCUGUGGACGUGUGCAAGGAGAUCAUCGCCGCCAUCGACGCGGGGCGGAGCGCGCACGUCGCUAUGCCUCUAUACGCGCGGUGGAUUCACUGGUACAACGUGCUCCCCGCCUCGGUGCAGCAGCUCGCGAGACAGUUGGCUCGCGUGGACACGUCAAUGCAAACGUUCAUCGGAAGGCAGGAGCGCGGGAUGAGCGAGAAGAACGGGAGACUGAUUUGAAAGGGCGGGUGGUGUCUGGUUGCUAACGUCUCCUGGGAAGCCUACGGUGCCGGCGCCGGGGGUGGCUCUCUGUAAUACCAAAAUCCGGCCAUAUACAUGUCAAAAAUGUCUAGAGACAUAUCUGAAUGAAUAUACAUUUUAAUUUCCAAGAAUUGAAUCCCAAACCCACCUCAAGUGCGAACCUCCUUGCUUUCGGUCCCGGACAGGUCCUCGGCCGGCGACACCUUGUUGACGCCGUCAAACUUCUUGUAAGUCAGCGUGUCGAGGUCGAUGCCGUCAAGGGCUCGCGC